AUGCGUCUUUUUGCCAUCGUCGCCUCGCUGGCGGCCGCUGCCUCUGCCCAGCAACUUCUUGUAUACGGCGACUCGGCCCUCCCUUCGUGCGCUCAGCAAUGCACAAUCCUCCAGAAUGCCCAGACUGGCUGCAUCCCUCCAGCCGCUCCAGUCACCGACGCCACCAUCUACGAAUCGUGUUUCUGCCAGUCUGGUUAUCUCACUACUCUCAAAGCUGCUGGCUCAACCAUCUGCUCCGACGUCUGUGACGCCAGCGAUGUGGCCAAGAUUGCAUCCUGGUAUCAGUCAAACUGUGCCGACAACGGUGUCGCUGCCGCCGCCAAAGUCAGUGCCGGCACUACAACAGACUCGACUACUACCACAACGCCUGCUUCAACCGCCACUUCAACGCAAUCUACAUCCACUUCGACCAGCUCCAGUAGCUCGCAAGGCACAAGCUCGUCUCAGGAGACAGACCCUCAUCAUGAUUGGUGGACAGACCAUUGGAAGUGGAUCGUCAUGCUAAUCGUCGUCUUUGUGGGCUUGGCCAUUCUGACCACCAUUUUCGUCCUACUUCGCCGCCGCUACCGCCGUCGUCAAGACCUUGCGAAUGCCCCCUUCAACUCGGGCAUCACCCGACAUUCCAUCCCUACCCUUUCAGUAACACCACCCGCACUUGGCAAAGCUUCCAGCAAUCAAGCCAGCCGAACAAGUCUACCAAAUGUUAGAGAAAAGGACAGAAUGACUGUCACAGAUGUGCCCGUUCCUCCCUUGCCUGCUUCUCAUGAUUUUGCUACAAAAGAACGAGGAGGCACUCCGGAUAUUGAAUACGCACGCCCAAGAUAA